AUGUAUAUGUUACAACCUCUAGGUUUUAUUCAGUCUUCUAAUCAAGUGUGCAAACUCAAGAAAGCCUUGUAUGGACUUAAACAAGCUCCUCGAGCUUGGUAUUCUACUUUCUCUAAAGUCCUCAUUUCUCAAGGCUUUGUUAAUAGUCAUUCAGAUUCCUCUUUUUUUGUUCAACACACUUCCAUCAAUUUGCAUAUUCUUGUUGUCUAUGUUGAUGACAUUCUAGUCAUUGGCAGUGAUCCUGUUCUUCUUGCACAAUUUAUUCAGCAUAUGCAUACAGUGUUCUCUAUGAAGGAAUUGGAGACUGUGUCCUAUUUCUUGGGCAUCUCCAUUCAAGCCUUAUCUCAUGGUUACUUCUUAUCUCAAACUAAGUAUGCCACUGAGCUGUUUCACAAAGCUGGUUUAACUGAUUGUAAACCUUGCUCCACUCCUUUAACUGUCAAGACUUCUUAUUCACCUUUUUCCUCUUCUUCAGAUGAGCUUCCAUUUUCUAAUCCUUCUUUGUAUAUGAGUAUUGUUGGUGGUCUCCAGUACCUCACUAUUACCAGACCUGAUUUAGCAUUAGUUGUUAACCAAGCAUGUCAGCAUAUGCAUCUGCCCACAAAUGCUGAUUUUCAAGCUGUCAAACGCUUGUUGAGAUAUGUGAAAGGUACUCUUCAUCAUGGCCUACACUUUACUGCUGGUCCCUUAUCUCUCCAUGCUUUUUUUGAUUCAAACUGGGCUGGUGAUGGUGUUGAUCGAAAGUCCACUUCAAGUUACUGUGUCUAUUUGGGUUCUAAUCUAAUUUCAUGGAGUGCUAAGAAACAACCUAUUGUUUCUAGAUCAUCUACUGAGGCAGAGUACAGAGCAUUAGCUAAUGCCACUGCUGAAUUAACCUGGCUGCAGCAGUUGCUAAAAGAUACGCAUAUUUUUUCCAUCUUCUGUUCCUGA